AUGGUUGGAGAUUCUCAAAUUGGAAAAACUAGUUUGAUGGUUAAAUAUGUCGAGGGAUCAUUUGAUGAAGAUUAUAUUCAAACUUUAGGUGUGAAUUUUAUGGAAAAAACAAUUUCUCUAAGAAAUCACCAAAUAACUUUUAGUAUAUGGGAUCUUGGUGGACAGCGUGAAUUUGUUAAUAUGUUACCAUUAGUUUGUAAUGAUGCAGCAGCUAUCUUAUUCAUGUUUGAUUUAUCACGUAAAGCAACUUUAAAUAGCAUCAAAGAAUGGUUUAGACAAGCCAAAGGAUUUAAUAAAGGUGCAAUGCCAUUCCUUAUUGGUACAAAAUAUGAUCAAUUUGUACUUUUUUCAGAUGAAGAAAAACAAGCUAUUACAAAACAGGCUCGUCGAUUUGCCAAGGCAAUGAAAGCAUCAUUGAUAUUUUGUUCAACGUCUCAUUCGAUCAACAUUCAUAAAAUAUUUAAAAUAGUAUUGUCAAAAGCGUUUGACAUCAAAUGCACGAUUCCAGAGAUUAACGAGGUUGGUGCCCCAAUAUUAGAAUAUAUUAAUAAUACCUAG